AUGAAUAAUGUGUAUAAAUAUGAUGAGUUAUAUUCAUGUGCAUUAAAACCAUAUGAAAACAAUGCAAUUAGCAAUUCUUAUAUAAAUAAUACAGAACAGUUGAUAAAAUUUUACGAGUAUUUACUCGGACUACAUAUUAUUCAAACACUUUUGAUAAAACAUGGAGAAGCAUUAAGUAAAGAGAAAUUAAAAAGGGGACCAAAUGAUAUGUAUAAUUAUGUAAAUGGUCAAAAUAAUAACAAUGUAAAUAAUAUCCAAAUUAAUAACCACAACAGUGAUAAUAAAAAUGAUAAAAUAAAUUUGAUUACUAAUAAUAUUAUCAAUACAAUAAAUAAUUCUAAAACAUGUAACAAUGUUGCUACAAAUAGGUGUAUUAUGUCUAGUGGUUAUUACAAUAAUAAAAAUGAGAGUAAGCUAACAAAAUUUGAUUCAGUAAAUUAUGAUAUAUCAUUUUAUAACAAUAAAAUUAUAAAUAAAGAAAUAAAUAACUUUUCAGAAGAAGGAAGAAUUAAACUUUCGUAUGAUCAAGAUAAUGAUAAUAAGUUUGUUUUAAAUUAUAAAAAAAAUACUACUUGCAAUUAUGUAAGUAGUAAUAAUGGUAAACAAAAUGUGUUUGCUAUUUUAGAUGGGGCAAAAAAAAAAAUGAAAAUAUCAAGUAUGACAGAUAAUGGAAUUGUAGCAAAAAAUUAUGACAAGAUAAAUGAAAAAAAACAAAAAGUUAUUAUUCAUAAUAAUUUCCCAUUAUUUAUAAAUCAAAUAAAGUCAAUAGUUACAUUUAAAAAUUUACAAAAAAACAUUUUCUUAUAUAAUAUAUUAAACAAUUUUAAAGAAGUGGUAUAUAUCAACAAAAUGAUAAAAUGCCAAGAGUCUUAUUUUAUUUUGAAUAAAAAUAUUGAGUUAAUUAUUAUAUCAGAUGAAAUAAAGAAAUUUAGAAUGUUUAAGUAUAUUUUUGAAAUAAAAAAAAUAUCGAAUAAAUAUAUUUUUCAUUUAAUAUAUAUAGACAAAAAUAUUUAUCGAUUUAUUAACUAUUUUUUAUGUAAAAAAUAUGUAAGGGUUAUAAAAAAUGGGACUAUGAAUAUAUCAAACAAUAGAAUAAGUGACAGCAUUAAAUAUAAUUUGUUUGAAAAUUUUCAUCAAGCUUUUGGAAAAUUAAUUCAUAAUAUGAAAAAAAAAAGUUAUACUACUAAUAACCUAAUUGAAUUAGUCAAAGAAGAAAUGAUAAGAAUGGAAAAUAUUUGUAUAUCCUUAUCUUGUUCUCACAAAAUAAAUGAUAAAAUUAUUUCCAUUUUAUUUCACUACAUUUUUAAACUAAUAAAACUAUAUAUUGAUGUAAAAAAUAAAUUUUCACUAGACCCCAAAAAGAAUAUAAGACAUGUUAAAUAUAUUUAUAAAUUUUUAUUAUUUUUCCUUUUUAAUAUGUUCAAACGAUAUAAUAAUAUAUAUAAAGAAAUGGAAUUAAAAAUAUUUUUAAAUAUAGAGGAAGAUAUUGAUCGUUAUAAAUUUUGUAGUCAAAAUAAAAAAACGAUUUUUAAUAUUAAACAUAUUUUCCCAUAUAUUAACAAUUUUAAAUGUGAUAGAAAAUUAUUAAAUAAGUUUGAACAUAAUUUAAAGUAUAUAAUAAAAUAUAAAAUAAAUAAUGGUAAAAAAUACUCCCCAAGAUGUUGUAGUAAUAUGAAUGAUGGUGAUAAUAAAAAUUAUAAUUAUUCAAACAAUAACUACUCGAAUAAUAAUUCGAGAGAUGUGAAUAAUAAUAACUUGGGAAAUUAUGAUGGCAAUAAAUUUUUUGGGAAUGGCAAUGAUGGUAUGGAUGCAGGAGGUACUGGAGGGGGAGGAGAUGAUAAUAGUAACAGUAAUAAUCAUAAUAAUAAUAAUGGCAACAAUUAUUAUGAUUCAGAUGAGGAAGAUGAAAAAAGGAAAAAUGGCAAUAAAAAUAAUUUAGAGGAUAAAUUAAAAAAUGGAAAUACAUAUAAUAAUGAUAUGAAUAAUGGAAAUUAUAAUAAUAUGGAUGAUAAUAUAAACAAAAAUAAUGAUAUGUUUGUAAAUAAUUUUUCAAAUAUGGAUAAUAAAGUAGAGGGUGGGUUUAAUAGAAAUCCAUCAGCUUCAUUAAGUGAUAAAGGAGGAAUGAUACCAGAAGGGGUAGCAGAUAUGAAUAAUCAAAACUUAAAUCAUAUUAAUUAUAAAAAUGUAAAAAAUAUGGUGAAUACCCCUGGAAUGAUACCACAUGGAGGACCUAAUGCAGAAAUGAAUAAUAGAAUUGGAAAUCCAUCAUUAAAUCAAAUGAUGAAUACAAACAAUAAUAGUAAUGCAUAUAUUCCUCCUGAUUCAUUAAUGCAUGAUAUGAAACAAUCAUCACAAUUAUUAAAACAAAAACAAAAUUUAUAUAAUCCUGGUACUCAAAAUAUGGGUGAUAAUAAGAAUGAUAAUAAUAAAUUAAAUAAUCCUACACAAGCAAAUAGAAAUAAUAGUAAUAAUAUUGUUCCUCCUAAUUUUAUGCAAAAUCCAUUACAUCAACAAUUUCAAAUGCAACAGCAAUUAAAUUUGCAGCAAUUGCUACAUGAACAAAAUAUGCAUCAAUAUAAUAUGAUGCAAGGAAAUCAAGGUAAAUUUCCAAAUCAACCACAAUUACAAAAGCAAGGAAAUAAUCCGUCAUUAUUAAAUAUUUCUCAAAUGGUCCCUAUGAAUCCAAAUGAUCAAAGAAAUGUUAUGGUUCCUCAAAAAAUUCCAAGAACCCCAAUACCUUCUGGUAAUCCAGCUGAAUCAGUAAAUAAUAAUCAACGAAAUUCAACUGCUGGUGUUAAUCCAUCAUUAAUUCCUAAUCAAGCAAAUCAUGCCAAUCCAGCCUCUAUGAAAUUUCCAUAUAAAGGAAAUAAUCCACCUCAAAAUAUAAAUAAUCCUAAUAUUGCUGGUAAUAAUGUUCCUCAACAAGGAAUGGGCCCACAUCACCUUCAGCAAGUACAACAACCACCCAUGCAACAUAUGCAGCAACCUCAAAGAAAUAGCUUACAAGCAAAUCCAGCUAAUAAAUCAAAUAUGCAACAUAAUUUAAUGCAAAUGCAUCCGCAAAAUCCUCAAUACAUGAUGCAAGGAAAAAACCCUAAUCCACAACAGUUAAUGCAACAAUCCCAACCAAAUAUGCAAAAAGUUCAACAUCAAUUAUUUCAAUAUGCACAAGGUGUACAACAACAAAUGAUUCCACCUCAAAAAAAUAUGAAUCCGGCAUCUAUGAAUCCACAAAUGAAUAGACAACAAAACCAUAUGCCACCAAUGGGGGGUAGUGGUGCAUCAACAACUCAUGGACCAUUAAAUCAACAAAAUGUUCCUCAAUUUAUGCAUAAUAAUAAUCCGAUGCAUCCAUAUCAACCCCAUAAUCCACAAUUUUUACAAAGAAGCCCAGCAUCAGGGCAACCAGUUUCACAUCAACAAAUUCCUUUUGAAUGGAUGCACAACCCAUAUUUGCAACAACAAUAUCUUUUACAACAAUGUCACUUAACACCUCAACAAUUAUAUAUUCAGCAGCAGCAACAAAAACAACAUAAUCUUUUACAGCAAAAACAGCAAACAAUGAUUCAACAUCAACAACAAGGUAUACCUUCGAUACUUAUCAAUCAGCAAAAGCAAGGAGGAAUGCCAAUGCAUCCUAAUAAUCCCCAACAACAGCAAAUGCAACUUUUGGCACUUCAGCAUGUGAAUUUUCCAUUUAAAGAAAAUAUGCCUGUAAAUUUUCAUCAACAAAUGUAUAAAGAUAAUAUAAUAGGAAUAAAUACAAAUUUCGAUUCAAUGCAAAAUUUAAAUGAAAUGCAAAGAAUGAAUAAUGAAUGGGUAAAAGGAAGAAUAUUAAGUGUCGCAAACAAUAAUAAUAAUGCUUCUAUAGAGGGUGUACCAGAAGAUGACAUAUUUGAUAGUAAUUAUCAUUGUGAUAUUUGUAAUAAAGAUAUAACACAUACUAUUCGUAUAAGGUGUGCUGAUUGUGUUGAUUUUGAUUUAUGUAUAAAUUGCUUUAGUAGUGGUAAAGAAAUAAAAUCGGAAAAAUGUGAGCAUUAUAAUUAUCACAAUUAUAUUCCAAUACCUAAGUAUGAUUUUCCCUUAUAUAAAUUAAAUUGGAGUGCCGAAGAAGAACUAUUAUUAUUAGAUGGUAUAAGUAAGUAUGGUUUUGGUAAUUGGGAACAAGUAGCAGAUUUAGUAAAUUCAGUAGCAAAAAUCCCUAAAACAAAUAAAGAAUGUGAAAGCCAUUAUUAUAAUUAUUAUUUAAAAUCUAGUUGUGCACCUUUACCCGAUAAUAAAAGAUUAUUAAUAAAACCGGAUGGAAGUCCAUAUGAUAUUGAGCAUGUUAUAGAAAAAGAUAUAAAUGAAAAUGAAGAUUAUGCACAAACAAAAAAUAAAAAAAAUACAAGAACCCAAAUUAUUGGAUAUUGGCCAUUAAGAGGUGAUUUUGAUAUAGAAUAUGAUAAUGAUGCUGAGUUAUUAUUAGCUGAUAUGGAAUUUAAAGAAUCUGAUUUACCUCAACAAAAAGAAUUAAAAUUACAAGUAUUAGAAAUAUAUAAUUCUAAAUUAGAUGAAAGAAUUUAUAGAAAACGAACUGUUAUUGAAAGAGGUUUGUUAGAUACAAAAUCUCAAUUACAAAAAGAUAAAAAAAGAACAAAAGAAGAAAAAGAAUUAUAUACUGCUCUUAAACCUUUAUCUAGAUUCCUUUCUCCUCAACAUCAUGAAUAUUUUAUACAAUUAUUAUUAGAAGAGCAAAAAUUGCGUCAAAGACUAACUAAAUUACAAGAAUGGAAAACUUUGGGAUUACAAAAUAUUGAGCAAGUACAAGAAUAUGAAGUCGAAAAAAAUAGACGAGCAAAAGAAUCGAUAAAACAACAACAAGAAAAUACUGAAAAUAAAAUUACAAAAUCUUUUAAAAGUUCAAAGAAUGAAUAUAAAAUUAAAAGUGAAGAAUUUGAAGAUAAUAAUGAUAAAAAAUUAAAUAUAGAAACAUUUUUAGCUUUAGAUUUAUUAAAUGAAAAAGAGGUUGAAUUUUGUAAAGAUAUGAAACUCCCAAUAUUAUUCUUUUUAUUAAUUAAACGAUUAUUAAUUAUGGAAGUAAGUAAUACAAGUAUUAGUAUGUUGAAAGAUAUUAAUGAAUUAAAAUUAAAAGGAUAUAAAGUGGGACAACUUUAUGAUUUUUUCUUAAGUUUUGAUUUAAAUCAAAAAGAUGAAAAUUUGAUAAGUGAUAUUACAGGUCCUGGUGGUGAUGAUAAUUAUGAUGACAAAUAUCCACAUUUUAAAAAAGGUGAAGAAAAAAAGAAAAGGGGAAGACCACACAUUGAUUUUAGUUCUGUAGAUGGAAUAGAAAAAAAUGAAAUGAAUGAUCAUAAUAUUGGAACUGGUACAAAUAAUCAAAGCGGUAAUUAUAAUAAUGCAAGUGGAUAUAACAACAAAAUGAACAAUGCUAAAAAUUCAACACAUAUAAAUAGUAUAGGGGGUGAUAGUUCCCAAAAUUUCGAAGCAAAUAAAAUAAGUGAAAAAAACGAUGAUUCUACAGUAAAUGAUAAAAAUAAUUUGAAUAAUGAAAAUAGCAAUGAUUUAUAUUUGUCGGAAAAAAAUAAUUCAACAUUAAAUGAUAUGAAUGAAGAAGUAGAAGGGAUUGGGAAAAGAGGUAGAGAUAAAAAAAACAAAAAAGAUGAAAAAAAAAACUCGCAAUUAUUAGAUACAUCAAAAAAUAGUGAUGUAUUUAAUGGAUUGGAGCAAGAAAAUUCAAAUACCCAAGAAAAUUUAUCUGAAAAAAAAAAAAAAAGUCCAAAAAAAAGAAAUAGUAUAAUUGAAACUGAAAAAGUCGAAAGUACUAAAAACACAAAUGAUACAGAAAAGGGAAAUACUAUGAAUUAUAAUAGUGACAAUGAUGAUGAUGAAGAUGAUAAAGAAAAUAAUAAUAAAGGAAAAAAAAAAACAAAUUUAAAAAAAAAAUCGAGCGAUAUCGUUAAUGAUACUACUAGUAAUGCAAAUAAAAAUGCGCAAAAUAAAAAAGAGGGAUCCGCAUGUAGUGCCAGUCUAUCGAAUAAUAAUAAUGACUCAUUACUGAGUAAGGGUGAUAAAAAAACAUCAACAAAAAAUGAUGAGUCUACAAAUAUUACAAAUGGAGAAGUUAAUGUGAAAAGAAAAGGUAGUAAUAGCAAGUUAAAGAAAGGUAGUAUUGAUUAUGAAUUAAAUGGAAAAGAUUUAAAAAAUAGUCGUCAUAUAGAUAUCGAAAAUGAAGAAACAGUAGCAGAAGAUAUUUUUGAAUCUACUAUUGAUGGUGAUGAUAAAAUAAAAAAAGAUAAAAAAUUGGCUAGUAACAAUACUGUAGCAUCAACAUCAUCUACACUAAGUAAAAAUGAUAAACAAAAAAAAAAUACCAAAUCUAAAAAUGAUCAUAAUGCAAGUACAGAUAUUAUGUCAUCAUCAAGUGUAGAGUCAACAAAAGAUCGUGACAAAAAAACUAAAAAUAAUGAUGACUCUUCUAAAAAAAAAACUAAUAAAAAAAGAACCCUUUCAAGUUUAAUAUUUAGCGCAAAAAAGGCCAUGAAAUUAUGA